GCCAGAUUCCUUCCAAAACAAUCGCUGUCUUCUCCUAUCGGCUUCUCUGAUUUUCGUCCUCUCGCAGGUCGCAGCGCGAUAACGUCGGGAAAACGAAUUUGGGUUAAGAACCUACAACCCUAAUUUUGAUUACUAUUGUGCUCCGUCAUCUGUCAAGGUUUUGGGUCUCGAUCCGUGCAAUCCCUAAUUCUUCAUAUCUGUGUUGCCGUAGCCCUAAUUUCCAAACAUGCCGGCGACGGCGGGGAGGGUUCGCAUGCCGGCGAACAACCGGGUGCACAGUAGCGCCGCUCUGCAGACCCAUGGAAUAUGGCAGAGUGCAAUUGGGUACGAUCCAUAUGCACCGAACAAGGAGGAGAAGAGUGCUAAAGCUUCUGAGAAGAGCGCCUCUGCUGAGCCUGACACUGAGAAUGCAUAUGCUAGCUUUCAGGGUUUACUUGCCCUUGCUCGGAUCACAGGGUCGAAUGCUGACGAGGCGCGCGGGGCAUGUAAGAAGUGCGGGAGGGUUGGGCAUUUAACGUUUCAGUGUAGGAACUUUCUGAGUGUGAAGGAGGAUGAAACUAAGGAUGCAGAUGCUAUACAUGCUGCAGUUAUGUCCGGCUUGGAGAAGUUGAAGGGAAAGAAUGCAUCGAAGAGUGAGGAAAGUAGUGAAGAGGAAGACAGCGAGAGUUCUGAUUCUGAUUAUGAUUCGGAUAUGGAGAAGGCCAUAGCAGAGAAGUAUGGAAAGAGCAUUAAUGGUGGGAAACAGGGUAGUAAGAGUCAGAAGAGGUACGAUAAUGAUGAGUCGGAUGAUGAUGAUGAUGAUGAUGGGCGUGAGAGAAAAGUUAAAGAGCAUAAAAAGAGGGAGAGGAAAGAGAGAGGGAGGUCAAAGAAAAGGAGUUCAAAGAGAGAGAUGAGUGAUUCUGAGGAUGAAGAAGAUCGGGGGAGAAGAAAGAGGAAGGAGAAGCGGAGAAGAAGGGAUGAUUAUUCAUCAAGUGAAGAUGAAGAGCGCAGGCGAAGGAAGAGGAAGACGAGAAAGGAGAAGCAUAGGAGGAGGAAUCAUCGGGAUUCAGUCAAUGAUUCAUCAUCUGAUGAUUCUGCUGAGCUUCGCCGUAAGAGGAGAAACAGGAAGGCACGCUCGGUCUCUGAUUCAGAUGGCAGUGACUCAGAUGAUCAUCGAGUCAGAAGACACAAGAAACGAUCCAGUAAGAAGAGGAGGAGCCGCCACCAUGACGAUAACUAGAUCCUCUGGUAGAGGGCAGGUCAUAUAUUCUAUACAUUAAGCUGUGUGUUCCUAUGCUUUCCAUAUGAAAUCGUUAAUCUAACUGUGCUUGUUGAUGGCAUUUUACCGAAACUAUAUAUCCAUGUAUGGUUUGCUUUACUAUAUCUUUCCGUCAUUGUGAUGUUCGAAUUGCUAUAUCUUCUGUAUGGUAUGUAUGAAUAUUGUUGAGGAUUUAACUCCGUGUUUUUUAGAUGGCUUGUGCUGAUUUCUUGAGA